AUGUCCAAAAUAUAUUGGAAAUGCGUUGAAGAAGGUCAACUACUAGCGGAAGAAAAGUGGAUAAUACAGGCACUGAACUUAAUUAAAAAGGAAAGAAAUUGCCUUCAGAUAGAAAAAUUACAAUUAGAAAGUUUAAAAAUGCAACAAUCUCAACGACAAGAAAAGCUUAAAAUAAAAACAGAUAUUAUACCAUCUACAUCUAUAAUAGAAUUAAUGAAAAGUAAUAAAAAAUCAAACAGCGGUGAUCUUAUUAUGUAUGAGGAAAUGGAUGCCAUAACUUCUGCAUGUAAUGAUGAGGAAUUACAUUUGGCUGCUACAACACCUGUUUUCGGCGACAUGUCAGAGGCAGAAAAUAUUGAAACAGAAGAAGAAGAGGAGGAAAUGGAUGUUAUGAUUGAUAUUAACAUGCUGAUGGACAGUGAAUGUGACAAAAGCUGA